ACUCCAACACAUUUUCCUCUUCCUUUUCGUUUUCUUUUUCUAUAACUCCGUCAUAUAUAACGGCCGUCAUCCUUCUUUAUCUGGCCGCCAAAUUAAACGGGGAAGCACCUCCUUGUGCCGUUAUUGUUGACACCGUAUAAAUCCUUGUAUUUCCUCUCCCUCUGUUCCUUUUCCUUUCCAUCACUCGUUAAAGCGGAGAAGAAGCAGAAGCAGAAGCAGAAGCACGGUGGUUUCGUUAACACUAAAUCCAAUUCUUUUAAAACGGACAUCUAGUGUUUUGCUCUCUGCUAAGUGAAUUCUUCUCAAGUUCUCUAUGCAGUGUAAUUGUUAAGUAGUUUCUAUUGUGUUUGAGAGAUAAUGGGAGCUGCUUGCUGUAUUGCUGCAAGAGAAAAAGACCUUCCAGACACAACUGGAGGUAACAUUUUUCAUAGAAAUGCAAGAUGCUCUCCGACAUGGAGCUUUCGUUGGGAAAAUCGAAGGCGCGUUGCUGGUGAAAUUGAGGAUUCCCCGUACCAAACGUCUCAGGCACUUAGCAGAGAUAUUAGUGUCGAGGUGAAGGAUCCUCUAGGAUCUGAUAGAGAUAAUCUUUCUGAUGAAGGAAGUUUGCAUGAGAGUUUUGGCACACCAUUCUCUUUAAGGUCUCCAAGUCACGAAAGGGGUGGAACUAAUCUGAUAGCUCAACCUUCAGGUUUAUCCCUGGAAAGCAAUUCCCCUGCACAGGAAAAGAACUCAGCAGAAUCCCCUGGUAUUGUGGAUAUAUCUGCCCCAAAGCUUUCAUUCUCUACACAUUCGUCAUUUUCUACACCAGUUGCUGAUCCUUUGCGUAUCCAUGGUCUUCCACUUCCUCCUAACUCAACCCCAUCAAGACGGGCUUGUCGCUCACCUGGACAUCGGUUGUUUAGGCAGAUUUCUGAUAGUCGAAUCCUAGGACUGAAGUCGCCAAACAAUCACUCUUUAUCUGAAGGGAGGUCAUCGUUUGUGCUAUCCACUUGCAGCAAUGGUUUAAGAGUGGGAUCCAUUGGUGGGUCUUCUGAUGGUUGGUCCAUGCGAACCUUUUCCGAGCUAGUGGCCUCUUCACAAAGAGAGAGGUGGUCUUUUGACAGUGAGCACUUCGGCUAUGGUUUUGGCAAACUAAGUGGAUGUAGUAGCAGGUUCUCAUGUUCUCCCUCAUUAGAUCCCCAAAGUUGUGGGGCUUGCUCAAAGCUCUUGAUGGAGAGAUCUUCUUGGAGAAGCAAUGAACUUGCGGCAGUUGCUGUGCUGGUAUGUGGCCAUGUAUACCAUGCUGACUGUUUGGAAACCAUGACAUUAGAGGUUGACAAGUAUGAUCCAGCUUGCCCAAUAUGCAUGGGUGGAGAGAAUAAAAUCUCGAAGAUAUCCGCAAAAGCAUUGAAAUCUGAAGCAGCAUUGAAGGCCAGAAGUCAUAAAAUUUCAAGAAAUCGUGUUGUAGACAGUUACCUCGAUACCGAUUCCGAUGAUUGUGACUAUCAAAAAGCUAUCACACGUCGAGUUUCAAAGAUGGAGCCUAGUAGUAGUUCAACAAGCUCCUCCACAAAGCAAUUUUUGAAGCGGCGCUUCCCUUUUGGGGCCAAGUGGAGUAGAUCCCUCUCGGAGAACGAUUCCACCAGAAAAAAAGGUUUUUGGGCAAGAUAUCGGAAGUAGUGAGAUUUUUAACUGCUCAAAAGAAACGCUGAGGAUAUAAUCAUCUGAACUCCCUGAAGGUGAGGCUUUGAGCUAAUGUUUAGCCGACAGCAAAAAGGCAGUCUCCACUCUCCACUGAGCUCACUUAUCGUUCUGGUGUAAGUUUUUGAAAAUAGAAAAAAAUGAGGUUAUGGAACUAGUGCAGCUUGAGCAGCCGGUAGGACGAAGACUUAAUCCUAAGCUAGACUUGAUCAAUGGCCUUAGAAGAUGUAGUUAUCGAAAUACAUCCGACAACAGUAGUCAGUAGCCCUUCUUUUUGGUUGUCACGGGCUAGACUCGAAUUUGAUUAAUUUUGACAAUGUAUAGCACAUUGUGCUGUCAAUUAGUUGUGGAUCAGUUGAUUUUAUUUGCAAGAUAAUUGUUUUGUUUUGGCUCUCA